AAAGAGAGAGAGAGAAAAGAGAGUGCAUGUGGAAGAGAGAGAGAUUGAGAGAGAGGUGGGAACGCUGCAGGUGCGACGUCACACGCAGCCGUCAAAAGCCGCACUCGGAUUAAAGGCGAAUCUCACGCGUUUCGGCUCGCGACCGAGAUCAUGGGCAAGCUGCAGGAAUUUGACAUCUCUUUCAGCCACAACAAAGUGGUCUACAGCCCUGGAGAGACGAUCUCAGGAACGCUGAGGAUCAUCACCGCCAACUCGUUGCAGUACAAGGCCAUCAAGGUGAACUGCAUGGGCUCUUGUGGCAUCUCGACCAAGGUGAAUGACACAUCGUGGUUGGUGGAGGAGCAAUAUGUCAGCAGCAUGCUCUCUGUAGCUGACAAAGGAACCCUUCCCCCCGGGGAGCACAGCUUUCCGUUUCAGUUUCUUAUUCCAACACAUGCUCCCACUUCAUUUGAGGGCCCCUUUGGGAAGGUCUUAUACAGAAUCCGGGCUGUAAUAGACACUCCUCGCUUCUCUAAGGAUUACAAGGCUCAGAGACCUUUUUACCUACUGAAAGUCCUGAAUCUCAAUGAGUUGCCUGAUGUAGAGCAACCGAGCAGCGCUGUGACAUCUAAAAAGUUUACCUACUUCCUGGUGAAGACGGGGACCCUUGUGCUAAGGGCUCACAGUGACCUGAGAGGGUACACUCCAGGCCAAAUCAUCAAACUCUCCACAGAGAUCCACAACAAAUCAGGAAAAGACACAGGCUAUAUCCUGGCCAGUCUUGUACAGAAAGUCACCUAUAAGACAAAACGGCCGCUGUUCGAUUUACGGACCAUAGCGGAGGUAGAGGGAGCAGGCGUAAAAGCAGGGAAACACGCCGAGUGGAAGGAGCAGAUCAUCGUUCCUCCUCUUCCUCAGUCUGUCCUUGCCGGCUGCAGCCUCAUAGACAUUGAAUAUUUCAUCCAGAUUUCAUUAAAGUCUCCUGAGACAGUGGUCACUCUGCCCAUCUACAUUGGAAACAUCGCCGUCAACUUGAGCCCCACAAGACUGAAUCCACCGACACAACUUCAGCACGGAGCUGCGAUGGCCCCCAUGCCUGGCCCUGGACCGGUGAUGCCGAGCGCCCCCCCGGCUGAGGACGACGAGGAAGACGUGCAGGGUGCAGGAGCACUGAGCAGCGAGGAAAUUCCAACCAAGAGUCAUUCCCAGCAGGACCCUUCGUGCCAGUCUAUUUCCAUGUCCCCUGGGGCGUUCAGUCACGCUCCGUCCCAAGCUGUCCCUCAGGGUCAGCAGGGUCAGUCAACUGAAAGCACUGCACCACUUUUCUGCGUCUCCACGGGGGCCACCAUUCCCUUUUUCUCCGACAGUAACGCCACGCCAGUGCCCACUACCUGCCCUCUCAUUCUGCCUCCAGAGUACAGCAGCUGGGAAUAUCCACAUGAACCCCCUCCCACUUAUGAGGAAAGCUGCAGCAGUACCAACUCGAGUUUCAACACCAGCAUGACGUAGAUGAAGACACUGGAUAAUACUUGUCAGUAAAUCUGCAACUUCCCCUGCUGGACAUUCCCAGGCAUUGCCGUUUCUCCCCGAAUAGGACCAAACGUACUUAAAAAGGGAUCUUGUCAUUUUUUCUUCUCACUUGAUUUAUAUAAAACUAUAUAGUCCUCACUCCUUGGUGUUGGAGAAAGGGUCUCUGGAUCAGUGCCUAAUCACUGUAGCACUCCUGAACUACUACAGAUUUGGUAAACCUGCCUCUUGGUGCGGUGACAGCCGAUAUACACAGGACGUGCGUUUGUUAGUCAAGGCUGGCCUUUCUGCCACGCUUGUCCCAAAACACAGGCUGUCAAAUCAGAGCCAUCUUUGAAAGAUCUCUGGUCACUCCGAUGUCGAUCUGUGAACAUUUCCUCAGGCUUUCGCAGUGUCAGUCUGCGGCUGGAAUGUCGCUCAAGGAGGACCUGUUAGGUUUUUAUCAGCACAGAGAAAGAUACGGCUUUUUGUUUUUGUUUUUAAAGCUCGCCUUUUGAUUCGAUUCAGAACUUCGUGCAGUCGCUAAGUUUGUUCUUUACAUCUAUAUAAAUCGUAGCUCGUUUUCAUCGAUAUCGAAGGCAUUUGUCAACGAGGAGAAGCAGCUUUUGUUACAUUGAAACCCUGCAUCAGAGGUGCCAACAUCUAUGGUUUAAUUGUUGCCAUAGCAACAUAGCAAAAAGCAACACGCACUCACGAUAAGAUUAUUCAGUGAUUUAUUUCAGAACGAAUCUAGUAUUCCCAAAAAUGAACAUCGUGGACUUGUUUAACAUGUUGGCGUACAAAUUAAUGGUAAAUGUAUUGCAGAUUGUUCUGGAAACAUGACUGUUUAAGGCCACUUUGUGUGACGGGGCAUCGUGUACUGUUCUGGUACGCAGUUAUCAUUAGGAAAAUCUAAUAAAUAAAGAAUAUCUGCACACCUUUGUUAGUAGGCAGAGCACAGGCUUUGUUAAAAGCAUCUUUAAUAAAUAGGGCUAAUUCAAAAUCCACAAUGGGGAGGUGGUAGCUUAGUGUUUAAGGCAUUUGAUUUUGUAUCUGAAGGUCGUGAGUUCAAAUCCCAGUUAAAUCAACCCCCCACUCCUGGGCCCCUGAGCAUGGCCCUCAACCCCUAGCUGCACAGUUGUGUAAAUGAGAUAAUUGUAAGUGACUCUAAAUAAGAGCGCAUGUAAAUGUAAAAACACAAGGUUUUUUUCACGUAUAGCACGGUGAAAGGAGCAUGGACAGAAACCCUUGUGCAUGGAUGCAGUUCAGUUCUGCGAGAACUGAGUACUGAGCGUCUACAAUUCUCACUGCUCAAUUUAAUGACAGUAAAAGAGACAUGGCCUGCUUUUACAAAAAAUUACAAGUAUUCGUAAUCUUUGUGCGAUCAGAAUUCUGAUUCUAAUAAAUACAUAGUGUUUAAAUAUAAAUUAAAACAAGAUUAAAUUUAAAUAACCGUGGUUUUGUGACUAAUUUUUUACUACCAUGUUUGAUAGCAAAUGGCUGUCAUUAUUGUUAUUUAAUAUCACUGGUAUUAUUAUGGCAAUUAUUAUGGUAUUAUUAAGUCUGUAAAAAGAAAAUUGUAUCAAAAUCAAACUGCCCCCUGCCCUGAGUUGUUUUAAAUAGAUUCUCCUGAUAAAUACGAUUCUAUGUAAAUUGCACAAUUUGUGACUUUGUGCAACGGAAAUACAUGAGCCCGAUGUGAGCCAUUUUUAAAUUCAUGAAAACAAACGAAAGGGGAUACACUGAAGGGGAAAGGACACGUGGUGUUACAGGUGCGCAAUUCCUACUGAUACUCUUCGCUUAACGCUGACUUGAUUGGCCUGUACUCUGACUAAUGAGCCAAUAGAAACGAAGAACACCGAGCUGCUGAGUACACAUCUGAGAAAAAACAAACAAACGAGCUACAUCUUCCAAUGAAACAAAGGUUGUUGUUUUUCUGUGGUAAAACCUGUGAGGAUUGUUUUGUUAGUAAUGUUGGCACCUCUGCUGUGUUUUGACUACUUUUGCUUCUCGACCAAGCCUUUUCUUACCCCUUAAGUGUUGUUACAUUCGGAUUUGAUUAUGUAGUACUGAAUAAAUUGUAGACUUUCUCUGUUUAAAAUCGAAUGAAUCUGUUUCUGGGAUGUUAGAAAAUGUAAUUUCUUUACAAUGAGUAUAUAAAGUGUAGACAACCUAAUUUCAAAGAAAAAUAUUUAUCAUAAAAUUCCCUUGCCAUUUUCGUAGGUCAGGCGUAAUACGUGUUUCUUGCAUGUAUUCAAAAAAAGUGAAUAUCUGUACUGAAUGAGGAAAAUGCUUCUUUUUUGCUGGAAUGAAAUAGCAAUGUUUGUGAAUGAUGUUUUUUUUUUGUGAUACUUUUUUUAUUUGUCUGAUUUUGGUCUGAUAUUUUGUCUUAUUGUCUGAUCUUUUGUCUUAUUAAGUCUUCUUGACUUGACUUAUUAAUCCACAAUCGAUGGAGUUUUAACCUGAAUUCCCAGUCGAGGCCUUAUCUUGUGCUUGCUGUGUAAAACUCUGGUCUGAUGGUGUUUCUCCAUUAAUGUUUUAUUAAUUCUUUAGUCAUUUAAAAAAAAAAUUGAAGCACAAAAUGGCACUUUUUAACAUUUUAUUUGACUGUUUGUGUGUGCGUCAUCUUUCAACCCCCAAAUGUAGUAUCACUAUCGUUUAUAGCUUUAUUUUACUGUGAUUUUCUGGCAUUAUACAGUAUGUAGCGACCCUUCGUCUUGCUUAUUCAGUCAUGAAUGUUAAUCGUUGCUACUCCUUUUUUUUUUUUUUAGGAUCCAACAAAAAAGAUUGCACGAAAGACACUCUGAUCUUUUUUUCCGUGUGAAUAAUUUUGAGUAGUGAGUGAAAAAAAUCUAAACGAAACGCUCAUGUUUUUUUGAAAACUUUGUUCAAUGAUCGUCUAAGUGAAAACACUGUGCUACAGGAACAUCUCCUCGAGAUUGUAAAUCAAAAAUUUGAUGAUUGGUUAUGGAAUAAGGAUGAAAAUUAAAUAACGCAUGGGAAAACUUUUUAUAGUUUUAGAUAUUUUAAAUAGAUUCAAUUCAAGAGAGCGACCUGUUUCUCUUGCAUGUCUGGAACUAUUUUUUUUUUACAGCUUAAGAGUAAAUGUAGUAUGAGUUAAAAAAGUGAAGAUUUUCAAGUAGGAGCGAACGGAUUCAAAUCAUAAUGGUGCUCCCUUAGGCUUCAGUAUGCUACAACAUUUGACAGUUCUUCCAUUUCUGUGCAAACUCUAAAUUGCCUGAUGUAGCAAAACGAGACAAAAUGUCAUCCAAAUGAGUUCCACUUUCAUUUAGAGAUGCACGUGUCACUGUCUUUGCUCUAAUACAUGCCUUAAAUACAUUAGAAAUUGUAACUGUGACAAAUUCAUACAAAUAUAAGUAUCACGAUGGGGAUGUUCUUUUAAAGGAAAACUAAAAAAUAAACCAGAAGUGAAAUAGAGUUGCUAUUGCUGUCCAGAUGUUGAUUAUUUUCCAAGAACAGGACAACCAGUUGUUUUUUUAUUCCUUCCAACUGUUUGCAGUUUUUCCCAACAGUUAUAAUUUUAUUUUUUAAUAAUCAAUACAUUGUUCUUUUUAUCAGUUUAUUGGUACUUUUAAUGUGGUGGAAGAUCUGCGAAAAAAACAAGUUGUCCUUUCUCCAAGAUCUCUUUUUCCUUUCACAGUUAAUGAGACAGAAAUGGAGUCCAUUGUGGAACAAAACAAAGCAUUAAAACUGGAGUUUCUUUAUUAAAACUGGCUCAGCAAGUCAUCAACAAGACGUGCAGUCCAAAUCCCUGCAAAUUAGCUGGUGCUUUAGAAACAUUAAUUAGAUUUUAAUUUAUAUAUAAAAAACAUAUAACCCAUUGCAGUUAUUUAAAAUCAAUGAAAAGCCUCCUGAUCAAUCUGUUUUGAGAAUUCAACAUAAACUGUAUAAACGUCAUUUGUUUUCACAAAAAGGACUCAUCUACAUUUGACCAAAAUACAUCCUGGUUCUUAAAAUAGAUUUCAGACUUGUUCAAAUGCCGUGUUCGGCCUUUAAUUUACUCUUUCCAUCACCAAAGGUUCAACAGCUUUAUAAUAUCCUUUAUUUGUUUUGUUUUUCUCUGUUGACAUGGUCUGUACUUUAGUAUUUUUCUGUCGGUAUGUAUAACCAUGUGCGUAUUGCCGAUCUUUCGAGCAGUGCUGUCAUCUGAACCUCUUCAGCAGGCGUUGGAUACCAGUACCACCACUGUGGAUCAAUGUUGUAUUUCAAAAAACAUUCGAAUAAAAAUUUGUUUUGUUUUGUUGGUACAUUGUACUAAUAAAAUCUCAUCUGUCUCUA